AGAGAUAGGUGGGCAAUCGGCGCGCCCCGGCCAACCGACGGCGGCCCAGUGGGCGGCCGUGACCAGUGACUGACCCGCGGCAGCUGCAGGUGUCCCGUCGGGUCAGGUCGGGUCAGGUCAGGUCAGGUAGCGUGGGGUGCUCGCCGGCGAUACCAUGGCGCGAGUUGGGCGGACUGGCCCGCGGACUGUCCUACUGCUGCUGCUGGCUACCUUCGUCAGUGCAGAUGAUUCAGCAUCAAGUGUGGUUUCAACAGACUCAACGGAGCCUACGACAGUUUCAUCAACAUCAGAGCUCACCUCGCAAACGACAUCAUUUUCACCGACAACCACUGUGCCGCCAACAACUACAGAGGCGCCGCUGACCUGUCCGGAUGUGGGACCGGUCAGAAAGAAUAACUGGCCGGAGACUAACAUAGAGCUCAUUACAUCACAGAACGCCACCGGAGUCACAAGUGUCAGUUGGGCUCCGUAUGUCUACACCAAUGACACAAUUGAUGCCAGUCAGUAUGUGGAAGUUACUUAUAAUUCGACUGCCCAGGCGAUCGAGUUCACGGCUCUGCCGACUCUGUCUGGUGUCCGAGACUACGAUCAGAAGGGUUACCCGACACUUGCUCAGCUGACCGGCACCUGCCAGAUGAGAUGCGGAGGGGACAUUGGUGAGUUCCAAUUUAUACUGCUAGUGCAGGACCGGAACACGGCCAGCCCGAAGUUCGGCGGCGACUUCCCCCGCAGUGUGGACGUGUCGGAAACGUUCCCGACCGGCAUCGUCGUGCCCGACCUGAUCAUCUCCGCCUCAGAUGCUGAUGCCGACGCGACAAACUACGCUCUGACCUUCACGAUCAAAGAGGACAGCCCGUUCCGUCUGACCGAGCCUGUGAAGACCGGCGACGUGCUGGCCACGUACACGACCCAGCUGAAGCUGGCCGCGACUCUGGACUAUUCUAAGAACACGAUGUACCAGCUGACCGUCACCGCCAAGGACCCGGGAGGCAAGUCAGCUGAUGUCACGAUCACAGUCAAUGUGAAAGACGAGGACACGGAGCAGCCCAAGUUCGAUAAGGACAUCUACACCGUCACCGUGGAUGAACCAGAGACUCCUGGGCAGUUGGGGGUCAGCAUAAGCGCCACGGAUCCCGACGCUCCUGGAAACUUAACAUACACUCUGAUUACGGAUUCCUCUGGAGGUAAUUAUAUGGAUUACUUCUCGUUGGACCCGGCCACUGCAGAGCUGAACCUUACUCAGUCAAUCAGCGCUAUGUUGCAGCCUUAUGACACCGCCGUCACGUUCACCAUUGAGGCCCAAGAAGAUGGAGGAUAUCAUUUUACAUGCCGUUCGGCGCUGGUCAUCAAACUUCCUGCACUGACUACCACCACCACAGCGCCCCCCACGUCCACCACGCCCGUUACAAGUACGGAGGCGAGCUCCUCCCCCACUACGGCAGCUACGGAGACAACAUCGGACGGGACAACACCCACACCGGUGACGUCUUCGAGUACGGAGCCGACGGGGACAACGGCACAGACAACACCGGAGCCGACGGGGACAACGGCACAGACAACACCGGAGCCGACGGGAACAACGGCACAGACAACACCGGAGCCGACGGGGACAACGGCACAGACAACAUCGGAAGGGACAACACCCACACCGGUGACGUCACAGACUAGCACAGACACUCCUGUGACGUCGCCAACAAGCACAGACACAACAGCGGUCACAUCUGCCGACACCACCGUCACAUCGCCGGGAACAUCACCAACAACCGUGCCGACGUCAGCUGCGCCGUCAUCGACUCCGACUCCGACUCCGAGCCCGAGUCCGAGUCCGAGUCCGGUGGUGUGUCCGCUGUUUGUGCAGCGCCAGUGGUUCGCCAACAGCUCGGAGGGUUUCACCGGCGAGGUGACCACGGUGGCGGCCGUCCCCGAGGCUGGAGCCGUCACCUACUUCCUGCGCACGCCCGGUUACGAAGACAGCUUUGCUCUCGAUGAGUCCACUGGAACACUCUCCAAGAAGGCGAAACUUGGCUACCAGCAGGUGUCUCUGCUGGUGCAGGCCAUUCCCGCCGGAGGGAGCGCCAAGGAUCAGACCGACCGCACUGACAUCGUCGACUGGGACGAGACGCUCAUUAUCGUCGACAUUAUGGACGAGAACGACUGCAGCCCGGUGCUCGACUGCUCCGCCUACGCCGACAGCUGCGACAGCGUCGUGGUCGGAUUUCCCGCCUCGACCACGGCCUCCCUGCCGGCGCCGCUGCUCCAACUCACGGUGACGGACGGCGAUCGGGGCGACUUUGGCGUGGCUGGCGUCCGCUACCGGGUGGACUCGGACGCGCUCGACGUGGACUCGUCCGGAAUGCUCUACCUGGUCAAACAGCAGACCUCGGCCAUCAGGGCCACUGUCACUGCCCUCGACAACAACGGCCAGGACCAGUCCAACAGAGACACGGCCACAAUUCAGCUGGUGCCUGUUACCGACGACCAGGUGUUCUUCGUGCGCACGGAGAGCCAGCUGACAGACGUGGGCAGUGUGACGUCACUGCUGGAACAGAUCGCCCAGAGCGGCAGCUACCGGGCCGUGUUCUCCUGGGACUUCCAGGCGCUGAGCGCCGCCGACAAGGCGCCCUCCACACGGCGGCUCUCGGACGAUGAUGAGGACGGCAGCGCAAUCUACUUCUACGCUCUGCGAGAGGACAGCGGAGGCGCCGUGGUCGCCGUCGACUCCGACGACAUCAAAGAAUCGCUGGACACCGUGGACUCUGUGGAAUAUGUGGAGACCAAAAAGGACCAGAUGUCCGGUGGAGGUAGCGGCGGGGACCCGGAAGGGGACAACACCGGCCUGAUUGUGGCCGUGGCCGUGUUGGCCUGCCUUCUGGUUGUCGUCAUCAUCGGGGCCGUGCUGCGUCAGCGUCAGCUGCUGCGUCGUCCAGCCGGCAGCUACGCCAGGCAGAAGAAUGACGCCGAGUCCUACGCCGGAGGGAUGGUGAACUCCAACUACUCACCUGAAGCUACUGGUCGGCGCAGCGAGAGCAAUACCUACAGCAACCGCGCCUUCCAGUCCGGACCGCAGGAAACAGACAGCCGCGUCUUCCAGUCCGGACCGCAGCCGGCCGUCCACGGCCUCGGCUCGGAGCCGGCGUCGGAGAGCGCGCCGCGCCAGGAGCGCCGCCCGUCGUCCCCCGGCGAGCACCCGCUCAUCGACCUGUCCGAGACGCAGCAGCCGACGCCCGAGGAGCCCACGCCCGACUACUCGCUCAAGUCGGUGGGCUUCAAGGAGACGGUACUCUGCGUCUCCCCGGUGGCCGAGGAGGACGGCGAGGACGCAGAGGACGGCGAGGACGGAGAGGACGCUGCUGGGGAGGACGGUCCGGCCGCCGAGCCGGAGCCGGACGCUCAGACCGCCGCUGACAGCCGCCUCUCCGCAGAUGGCGAACAUGACGAAAACUCUAUGCUCUGAGCUCUGGCAGACAUGCUCUACAAUUCAACAACUAUUAACCCUAGAACUUUUUUUAGGCAGCCGAGUGUGCAUGUAUACAUAAAAGCGAUAUUAUGUGCCUUCACCAUUGUUACUCACCUACUUGGGGUUCUGGGCGAUCAGGUCAUGUUGUUAAGACCAGCCGAUUUUGGAAUGUGAUUUCCUAGAUACGACAUGUGGUAAUCAAGCAAUCAGGAAUCGUUCAGAGUCUGUUAAGCUUUAUGGCAUGUGAUACCUGUGUAUGUAUUUUGGGAUGCAGCUUGUUAUAGGUGCCUACAGCCUGCACUGUAAGUAAAAUGGAAACGUCGCGAUUUAUUGAAGACCCUGUAUGCGACGGUUCACAAAUGUUAGAAGUUCUGCAAUACUGCUGACCGCUGUUCGGGAAGAGGGGACAUUCGGAACUGUGGUAUUGAAUAGCCGGGUCAAUGAUAACAUAACACCGAAGUAUGUAGGUAGCUAGUUUGGCAUGAACCAAGCAUGCCUUUUGUUAUAUUUUGCUCGUGAUAAAGGUGAAUGCGGUUAAUUUUGCAAUCACUCAUGAGAAGUAUUUUUUUUUCUUAACAUGCUGCCUUACUUCUCCGACUAUUGGUGGCAUUGAAUAUGAGAUGCGUAGUUUAUUUGGUUAGCAUUGGUGCCAGUAGUAGACAUCAGUAGAUGCAGUAGACAGAGUAUGAUCUAUGAAUGUUAUCAAGUAUCAAUAGGUAAAACGAUAACAUUUCGGUGCUGGUAAUCCUUCACAGUGUCGCCAUUAUUUAGCAACUGUCAUCUCAGCGCAAGUACCUAUAUGAAAUAUGAAAUAUAUGUAAUAUAUGAUACAUGAAAUACCUAUAUCAAGGUCAUCGCUGGCUUCUACGGUUUGUCAUAUAUCACACUGUAUGUACCAAUGUACCAGAAUGUACCAAUGUGCACUGGGUGUCCUUUCGGUGCUUCACUCCUGGCCCCUGAUUUCGACUCAAUAAAAUUUUAAGGAAAGUUCGGUGAAA